AUGUUUCACAAAUCUAUUGUUCUUUCCGCGCUUCUGAAGGCGGUCUCUUGCAUCCAGCCUGAAGCGCCAUAUCCCAAAGCGGCUCCUCUGCGUGACCUACCAUGGGCGCAACUUAACUUUCUGCACACUACUGAUAUCCAUGGGUGGUGGGGAGGCCAUCUGCAAGAGGCAUCGUUUUCGUCCGAUUGGGGCGACUAUGUCUCCUUUGCUAAGCAUAUGCGUGAGAAAGCAGACGCGGAUGGGUCGGAUUUCCUCCUUGUCGACACCGGAGACAGAGUAGAGGGAAAUGCAAUCUACGACUCCUCCAAACCUCGGGGAAAGUUCACCUACGAGAUUGCCAAAGAACAAAGCAUCGAUCUGAUCUGUUCUGGAAAUCACGAGCUUUACAAAGCAAACACUGCCGAGGGUGAAUACUUCCAUACAGUCCCUGACUUCAAAGGGAACUACUUGGCCUCCAAUCUAGACAUCUAUAAUCCCAAGACUGGAAAGCUGGAGCCACUCGCGCCGCGCUUCAAGAAGUUCACUACCAAAAAUCAAGGCAUACGCAUCCUAGCUUUUGGGUUUAUCUUUGAUUUUACAGGCAACGCAAACAACACUGUCAUUCACAGGGUCGAAGAUACAGUGCACGAGGAGUGGUUCAAGGAAGCCCUCAUGGAUCAGGACGUCGACUUGAUCAUUGUCUUUGGUCAUGUCGAUAUCCGCUCCGAGGAGUACGCAGUGUUAUUCUCUACUAUCCGUUCCUUGCACUGGGACACACCUAUCCAGUUUUUUGGAGGUCAUACACAUAUUCGUGAUUACAAGAUUUUUGACGCCAAAGCUGCUGCUCUCGAAAGUGGACGGUACAUGGAGACGCUCGGCUUUGCGUCUAUCGAUGGUCUCAGCACCGGCGGUACGAAAGACAGAGCGCCUGUACAAAGUUCAAAACUCACCUUCUCCCGUCGAUACAUUGACAACAAUCUUUACUCGAUGCAACACCACAGUGGAAAGGACACGAAAUCGUUCGCAACUGAUCAUGGUAAGAAAGUUUCUAAGGCGAUCGGCGAAGCUAGAGAAUCUCUCGGUCUUGGAAAAGUAUACGGCUGUGCGCCACAAGAUCUCUGGAUCAGUCGCCGCCCAUACCCGCACAACGAGAGUAUCUUCACCUGGAUCGAGGAACAGCUGCUGCCCCAGACUAUCGAGAAAUCUGAUCGCAUCCAGAAUGGAAAGAUGGCAUUUGUGAUCACCAACACUGGUGCCAUUCGCUUUGACAUAUUCAAGGGAGCUUUUACCAAGGACACAAAGUUCCUAGUCUCACCUUUCACCAGCGGGAUCCGGUAUAUCAAAGAUGUGCCUUACAAAGCCGCCAGCCAAGUCCUCAAGUUGCUGAAUAACGAGGGACCCAUUAUGCUGGCUAUGAUGGAAAGCAACGCAUUCCUGCAGCCCCCAGAGGUUCUAGCAGCACGGUCUCGACCACACAUGCUCACAUCUGUCGACUCUGCUUUUGCUAGAGUCCACAGAGGCCAAGCACUUCUCCAUGACAUGGAUGAGCCGAAACCCUUCCCAGGCUAUACCACCAAAGAUGAUGCUGGAACAGACGGCGAUGACACGGUUCAUGAGCCCAUCGCCUUUUACAAUGUUCCAAACUGCAUCCAGUCGGCUGUUGGCUUCGACCGAUCAGGAAUAGAAGCUCAAGAACCAGAAACCGUUGAUCUCAUGUACAACCAGUUCAUUGAGAAAUGGAUAUUGCUAGCGCUCGAGUAUCUGGGUGCAAAGCGUGAGCUGGAAGAUACUGAGGCGUUUGACAAUGAGAAGAGCUUCACGGAUAUCAUGACCGAGUGGGUGGAGGAGCACUGGGGGAGUGAUGGCAAGGGAUGCGAGGAAUGA